AUGCAGGACGGAAGGGCACCAAGAAUAAAGAAUAGGGCUCCAGCGGAAGUCCAAAUCACCGCUGAGCAGCUACUUCGAGAGGCUCAAGAGCGUCAAGAAGCUGCUUUCCGCGCUCCCAAACAACGGGUUGAAGAUUUUGAGGAACUUCACGAAUAUCGCGGGAGGAAACGUAAAGAGUUCGAGGAACGGAUCAGGCGGACCAGGGGAAGCAUCAAAGAGUGGACUCAGUACGCCAACUGGGAGUCGAGUCAAAAUGAAUUUGAUCGCUCGCGGUCCAUCUUCGAGCGCGCACUGGAUGUCGACCCACGUAGUAUACAGCUGUGGCUAAGCUACACAGAAAUGGAGCUAAAGUCCCGCAAUGUACAGCACGCACGCAACCUUUUUGACCGUGCAGUCACUCUACUCCCUCGGGUGGACCAACUUUGGUAUAAGUAUGUAUACUUGGAGGAGUUGCUGCAAAAUGUCCCUGGAGCACGUCAGGUGUUUGAGCGGUGGAUGCAAUGGGAACCGGACGACAAGGCAUGGCAAGCGUACAUCAAAAUGGAAGAACGGUACAAUGAGCUUGAUCGUGCGAGCGUGAUAUAUGAGCGGUGGAUAGCAGUUCGUCCUGAGCCCCGUGUAUGGGUGAAAUGGGCAAAAUUCGAGGAGGAGCGGGGAAAGCUCGAUAAAGCUCGGGAGGUAUUCCAAACGGCUCUGGAGUUCUUUGGAGACGAGGAAGAGCAAGUCGAAAAGGCUCAGGCCGUCUUUAACGCAUUUGCAAAAAUGGAAACGCGUCUCAAAGAAUAUGAGCGUGCUCGGGUUAUAUACAAGUUUGCUUUAUCUCGCCUACCUCGCUCCAAGUCGACUACGUUAUAUGCUGCUUACACACGGUUUGAAAAACAACAUGGUACGCGUUCGAUAGUAGAAGCUACGGUAAUCGGGAAGCGUCGCAUUCAGUAUGAAGAUGAGGUAUCACAUGACGGCAGGAAUUACGAUGUAUGGUUUGAUUAUGUACGUUUAGAAGAGGGCGCUGUGCGGACGCUGAGAGAAGAAGGUGGAACUCAGGAGGAGGAGGAUGCAGCGGUCGAGCGGGUGAGGGACGUUUACGAACGUGCUGUUGCACACGUCCCACCGGGUCAAGAGAAGAGGCACUGGAGACGGUAUAUUUUCCUUUGGCUUGACUAUGCUCUAUUCGAAGAGAUAGAUACUAAGGAUCAUGAACGCUCACGACAAGUUUAUCGUACAGCUUUAAACCUUGUUCCACAUAAACAGUUCACGUUCGCAAAGCUAUGGAUAAUGGCAGCUAGGUUUGAGGUCAGGCGGCUAGAUUUGGCCGCCGCUCGUAAAAUUUUGGGUGCUGCAAUUGGUAUGUGUCCCAAAGAAGCUUUAUUCAAGGGGUAUAUUCAGCUUGAGAUGGAUCUCAGGGAGUUUGACCGAGUGCGCACUCUGUAUGAAAAAUACAUCGAGUUUGACCCUACAAACUCUACGGCAUGGAUCAAAUAUGCGGAACUGGAGACCGCUCUCGAGGACUUUGCUCGUGCAGAAGCUAUCUUCGAGCUCGGUGUUUCGCAGCCUUCGCUCUCUAUGCCUGAGAUCCUAUGGAAAGCAUACAUCGACUUCGAGGUGGACGAACAGGGUGAUCGGGAGAAGACUAGGUUGUUGUAUGAACGACUAGUGAGCCUAAGUGGGCACCACAAAGUCUGGAUAUCAUAUGCCGAAUUUGAAGGGGCCAGUAUCCCUCUUCCUCGAGCAAUGAGGGAUGAGGAAGGUGAAGACGAAGAGGGGGAAACACGGAUGGUCGAAGGCGAUGCAAACAUGGCCCGCCAAGUAUUUGAGAAGGGUUAUAAAGAUCUUAAGAGUAAAGAGCUUAAAGCUGAGCGUGUCGCCUUGUUGGAAGCAUGGAAAGCAUUCGAGCAACAGAAUGGCAGUGACGCCGAUGUGGCCAAGUUCAAGCUAUGAUGCCUAUGUUGGGAGAAAACAGCACGUCGACACGGAAACGGGUCAAGUAGUAGAAGUGGAAGAAUUCACAAGCACGAAAGUCGGGAGGCGCCGGCGUAUUAUCGGGCUUCACUGCUACGACGUCUUCAAAUACAGACGAAGCCGUAUCAAGUCAGAACGCUAAUCAGAAACCUCGCGAGGAUGUCGACGUUAAAAUGCACCGUGAUGACGAUGGGAGUAGUGAUGUGGCCAGUUCGGAUGGUGAAUAGCCUUGCUGAAUAUGCAACUCUGUACGGAACAACCGCUGCGGGAGAUGGAACUAUCAGGUUCUACUCAAAAGACCAAUAUUAUAGCACAAUAUAAAUUGACGUAGGAUAACGAGUGACGCUAUUUAUGCAUUUUGGUACCUGAAGGUCCAUACAUAUU